GGAGAGAGAGAGACUGAAACAGAAGCAAACCCAAAUCCAGGCCCAACACCUGCCUGCAGCGAACACGCCCUUGUGCCCCCGUCUUCCUCCUUCGGGGUUUCUUCCGCCGCCUGAUGAAGAGCAAAUCCGCCAAGAAGGCCGCCGACGAGGAUGAGGCCAAGUCCAAGAAGAUCCGAUCCUCCCGCGGCAAGCGUCGGAGUGCCCGCCACAGCCGCAGCCGCUCCCCUUCCCCCGACGGCUCCAGCUCCAGUUCCCCACCCCGCAAGCGCUCCAAGAAGCCCACCAAGAAGAUUGUUGACAAGAGGAGCAAAAAGAACAAGGGCAGAGGCAGCCGCCGCCGCCGCCGCUACUGUAGCCUGAGUCCAAGCCGUAGCCCCAGCGGCAGCCCUUCCUCGGUGUCUAGGGGCCACUCCCGCCGCAGCCACCAUAGCAUUAGCAGCAGCAGUGCCUCAGACUCCGAGAGGUCAGUGAGCCCACUGCCCAAGAGCCACUCCAAAGAUACUAGGAGGAAGAAAGGAAGAGGGAGGGACAAGGAUCGAAAGAGGAGGAGGGUACGGAGAUCAAGGAGCUACUUGAGCAGUCCAGCAAGGAGUGGCAGUAGCCGGAGCAGGAGCAGGAGCAAGAGCAAAAGUAGGAAGCGAACGGUGGACAGCACGAGACAUGAUGCAAGCAAGGACAGGGAUGUUUAUAGGGAUGAGGACGCGGUUGCUGUUACCAUGAAGGGGAUUGACGAUUAUGAGAAUGUGGAGCUGAAGGAGAUGGAAAGCCCACCUUCCAAAGAUGCUCAUGAAACAGGCGAGAUCUUACCUGUUAGUUGCCAAAGUCCAGAGGUUGAGGAGGAUUUGGAGCUCAUUCUCAGGCAGAAAGCUCUUGAGAACUUCAGGAAGUUUAAGGGAACCGUGGCCAUGGUAGGCAAGACAGAAAACAAUGGUACAGGGAAGGAAGUAUUAACAGAUAACCCCCGGAAUACUGUCACAAAAUUUCCUGAAGCAAGGUCUGCUGUUGCCCUUUUCCAGAGGCAGGGAAGCAAUCUUGGAGUUGGCCACUCUACUCGAUCACCUGAAUUUGAAGAUUUUGAGAAUGGUAGAAGUCCUUGGAAGCAGGAAACGACUCAUGGGGGUAGAUCACCUGGGAUACUCGAGGCUGGUGAUACUUGUGGUCCUACUCAGCAGCAGGGAAGCGGAAUAGAAGAGAUUCAUUCAACUUCUUAUAUCACUUCACAUGAUGGUAGGAAUAGUGGUAGUGUAAUGCAAAGGGUGGGAAGCACCCCGACGAGUUCUGGUAGUAUAAAGCAAAGGUUAGGCAUCAGCUCAGUGGUGAGUCCUGUGCAAGCAAGACCCAGAGUUAGAUCAGUUGUGAGUAUACCCUCAAGGGAAGGGCUUGAUGGCAGUACAUUUACGACAACCCCUACAGUUUGUGAGAAUCCUGCCUCUGUCCAAAGCAGUAGUGAAGUCAGACAUUUCCCUGCUGAAAUGAGCAAGCUUGAAGGAAUCGAUGGAGAUGAUAGAAAGACCGGUGAAGCUUCAGCUCCUGACAGCUCUGUUUUGUCGACUGAUGAGGGCAAGAGCCAGGCAGCAGGGACCGAGGACAAAGAUGGGUCUCAGUUUGAGAAGAGGACUUUCUCUAGGAUGCAUGAUGGAGAGACAGUGCAGGUCAGCUAUAAAGUCUACAUACCAACGACGAGCCCGCGACUUGCAAGAAGGAAGCUGCAGCGCUGAAGGCAUCGAAUGGACUUCCAUCUAGUCGUCAUUAAUCUCGUCGUCUGCCGUUCAGUUACAUAGCUGGAUAAACUGUAUUUUGUUCUUCUAGCACGUGAACUCCGUUUUGUUCCUUCUAGAAAUCCUGCACGACUAAUAGAAAACCUGCCCACGUCGAGACUGCAUCUUACUGCUCGAUAGCACACUUGGACAGAAGCUAUGAUGGCUUAACAUGAUACAACCGUUGUUUAUUUUUUGGGCAACUAUACAAUCGUUGUUGAGCUGAAAUAUAUAUGGCUGUGCUUUGCCAAGUGAACUUUCUGGACAGCAAGCAAUUCGAAAUAGCAAAGCCAUCAAUUACGUGCA